AUGGGAAUACCAGUUUGCUGGAUUUUUCACCAGAGAACAUUGAAAAUGGUAUGGCCACGUCAAACAAUGAAGCAUUAUUUGAUUUCAUAAUGUCAUUUCCUUCUUCUAUUUCCCUUGCCACCAUUGACUCAAUCCUCAACAAUGGGCGUUAAAUGCUUGAACUUCAACAGUUGAAUGGUAUUUCAGUUUUUCAACAUUAUAAGGAUGUUUUUAACAGUUUCAACUUCUUGUAGUUAGUAAUAAAAUUAUUAUUAUUAU